AUGCCAUCCACGCAGUCUAAAGGAGGGCUGGAGGUCCUGGAUCGCAGCGAUGCCUCGUUGUCUGAACUGAUCGUUCAUGCCACCGAAAUUCUCGGCAUAGACGUGAACAAGCCCUUAGACCCGACUCAAUAUACGUCAACAGCACCAUAUACAUUCAGUGAGCAAUGGGUACUACGAUGGCUUGUUCGACGAAUGUCCUCAUUGCUUGAUGUCAUCCACAAGGGCAAAGACAGAGAAGCAUACACUCAGCAUCUGCUGGAUAUCCGACUCUGGCGAUUACUUCUACACCUGUGCGGCGUCAUUUCACCAACGCUUCUGUGCGAGACCUUCAUCGACCGAAAGUCUCUCCCGGUCCUCGACGGCUGCAUUCGGCUACGCCUGGAGCACUUCUCCGCUCCGAGCAUUUCUGCUCCGGAUGUUCUUGAACAGACAACAAAUGUGCGUUCGGUGAAGAGACGUCGGCUAUCGCCACCCGGCGAUGUCAGCGUUGAGAGCGAGCAUGACCUCAACGUCGUCAUUCUACAAGUCUGUGCUCGAUGUGCUCAGCUUGCCUCCCCACCCGAAGAUCAGACAGAUCAUUCUCAGGCAAGCCUCUGGUCGUCAGUCAGUGACUGUGCAUCUAUGUUUGCCUCUACCCUGCAACUAUGUCUCCACUCAUUGAAGGAGCGUCCACAAGACGUCGAGGCCUCGGCGUCGCAACUGCACUCCAUACUACAUAUGUGGGCUGGGAGACCAUUGGCUCAGUCGGACAGUGCAAAGGCUCAGGAGAUCACGGUGUUUAACGAGGGAUGUCUCAGCUUGUGCCUCGAAACCCUGGACAUUCUGAGCGAUCCACAACUGCCACCAAUGACGAGUCGCAAAGCCAGUAUUCAAGGUCUGGAGAGACUUCUCGCCAUGACGAGUGUGCUGCCUUUGCGUGAGCGUUUCAUUAAGAAGCAUCUAAAGAAUUGGAGGUCUAACCGGCCUUGCCUGACCUGGGCUGAUGUUGAGCCCGUCUAUCGCGACUUUGUUGUCGUCCUCGGGUCCAAACCACAAAGUCGUGAGGUAAAAGCUACAUCUAUGGUUGGCCUGGACUGGAAUGGGCGAAGUCACCAUAUCUAUGACAUUGCUACUCGACUACUGCCGAAGUACGACAUCCGCAGAAGACAACAAGAACAAGACUGGCUUGAUGCAUUGCUUCUAGUGUUGGCCUACAUUGCUGGCCCUCAAUUGCCUCAACUUGAGCUCACUCGGAUCGACACAGUAAGAAUCAUCGACACCGCUUAUCCCGCAGGCCCUACGAGCAACAUUGUCUCCAUUGAAGAGUUACUCCGACUAUCGACCAUAUCGCAAUGUACUCCAUCAUCACAUGCUCUCAGCUACAUUGCCGCCACGUUGGUCUCGUGGCACGAGCUCGCCUUACCCUCGAUGGCCCUGUCAUAUCUGCUCAAGGCAAACGAAAACCUCUUGCUACCGAACACGGGAGUCCCUACAUCUACCUUCGCCAUGAGUGAGCUCGUUGCGCGCAUCGGUCAAUCAUCAAUCAGUCGCCAAGACUACAAGGUCUUGAGAGAUGGUGUCUUUGUCAAAACAUUGACAUCUUAUGCAAAGUCAAGAGCUUUGAAAGACUUUAUCGAUCUCUGGCGGGAAAACCUGCAAGAAGCAAUGCGGGUUCGCAGUUCUCCUAAACAGGACGAUCAAGACAUCCCUGCUCUCCAAGUCUGGGAAGACGAUGAGAUCUUCGAUGAAUUUACGAGGCUCGCGGCGUUGUCAACAGCCUCAUCGCCUGGUGAAGAGCUCCUAACGGAUCUACAAAAAGCUUUAGCAGGCCUGAGUGGCCGGGUGGGGUCUACUCUAGAUGUAUUUGCAACCCUAUCGAUUGCAUCGGCUUUGCUACGCACUACGGGACGAACACGUUCAGUCUCUGAAACCGAAACGCUGCUUCAAAUCGUCGAGCAGUCGAUAUUGGCCCUGCAGAAGCGCUCAGACUAUCAAGGCCAGCGCUGGAGAUUGUGGAACUUGAUCAACAGUAUCCAGAGGACAUUACCUAGCUAUCAACUACCGGCUGAUCUGCUGAACGAGAAAGUCACACAAGCAAGUGCUGUGUUGAUACAUCCGGCUCAAGGCUCUUCCGCUCCACGCCGGUCAGCUCACUGGUAUCAAGAGUAUCUUGAGCGUUUCAAGGUCCUUGCAGAUGAGGCAUCAAAGCAGAACGAGCCAUUCGUCCAAGCUCUGGAUCUUUCACUCGACCAGCUGCGGACAUCUGUAGCCUCACUGGCCACUUGUCGGAGCCCCGAGGAUCCGCGCCAACCUCUAUGGCUUGGUCGAAGUCUGACGAUCCAUUCCGAGGAGCAGUUGUUGUCAGGUUGUGUGGGUAUGCUCUUGGCCCGACCUCAUCUACUUGAAGCGAAACGCCAGAUAUCGCAGGACUUCCUGAGAGCGUUAUUGAGAUCAGAGGGCGCCGAUGUCAGCCGGCAAGAGACACAGACCCCCCGUGUUGAAGAUCUGUUGGUAGCUGCAAUCGAUACGACUGGCGCAAAAUCCACCAAAAACCUGAGGGCGAUCUUGACAAAGUCUGCAAGUGAGAACAGCAGCUCACUCAUUACAAGUCCUCAGCAUCACUAUCUUGUGGAGAAGAUCCUGCUCGAGGGACUUGACGCGGCGUCGACGCGGGGUAUGGCAGACGCGCUCUUUGAGCAGCUGAAACAGCACAACACAACACCUAAAUUGCCUUCGCAUCUCGCCCGGCAUCUCGCGACCAUGGACCAUCUCAGCGGACAGUAUUCUGUAUCCUUCACCGGACCUGAGUGUUGGGAUGAAUGGACUACGAUUGGCGGAAACAUCAGCAAGCAGAAGCCAUGGGAAGACGCUUACAGCUUCUUCGUGAUCUGUCGGUCCUUGGAGAAUGUCAUCGGCAGGCUGUGGUCCAGGAUUGCCGCUAACCCUUCCAAGCCCGAUUUGCAGUCGCAAGUACUUGCUGAUGUCUUGGUUUGGCUCAGGAAGAUGAAACCAUCGAAGAAAAAAGCACGGCUGCCAACAGACAUCCCGCGGCUCUAUCUUGCCCAGCAUAUCUGCUGUAGUUCAGAAAAGGUCAUUGAGACCUGUGUAAGCAAAGAUCUAAAAGAGCUGAAAAGUCAGUUCACCAACAUGCUUGUUAGCGACAUUGAGGCGCUUGCAGGUGGCAGUGGCACCACAGGGGGCGUUGAGGCUGAUCCAUACUCGCGAAUUUCGACCAUACUCCGGGUGGUAGCCGCUUGCCCUACUGCUUGGUCUUCGUCUUUAGAGCUUCAUGACGCUCUGCAGUCUCUCUUAUCGAGAGUCCGGGGAGCUAGGCCAUCGUUCAGCACCGUGUCCUUGUAUCUCAACGACUUGAUCACCGACCAAACCAGAGCUCUUCUUGCCGAGUUCGGCAAAGCUGACACCUCCGAUCCAAUUGAGAGGAGACUCAAUGAGCUGUUCAGGCUUUCGAGACCUGACAAAUUUGACGAGCAUCAGUUCGGACGACUCGCUAUCGAGGCUGACCUCUUUGCUCAAAGUCUCAAGUGGGAAGACCGUGCCAUCUGCGUUGAACUGUUGUUACAACCUGAUGUAUCAGCAGGCUUGGGUGUCGUCGGACCGAUUAUCGUUGCGUCAAUCGUGCUACAAAUUAGUGCACAGGAGACUGAGCAAGACCCGAGGCUGAGCAUGAGCAUUGCGCGCGUUGCAAGUCUUGCGAGUCUUGGAGAAGAGCGCGACUUGUUCGAUGUGCUGCUGGCACUCGAAAACACUAAGCUCAUCUUGGCAACUCACCCAAGUGUGAUCAGUCAACCGACCAUCGACAGCCUUCUAGCUCAAAUGGCGCUGCUACUUUCUGGCAGCGACACUACACGGAUAUCGCCAGCGGUAUUUCCGGAACACAUCUUCGAGCGAGUCUGCGCAAUCGUCGGUAACUUGCUUAGCCGCUUCCGUCGCCGGCUGGCAGACCGGCAUCAUCUUCUACUGCCUGUUCUGCAACAACUUGUGCGCUGUCUGUUCUACUCGGACGAAGUCACCAAGCGAGCACGGCAACCGUCAGUCAUCGGCAGCGACCCAUCAAGCUACCUCCGGUCCCUUCCCAGCUGGCUCACGCUCAGCUCUGUCCCGCUACCUGCAUCCGCAGCCGUGAGCCUCUCACGUCUCCUGUCGUCGAUCUGCAACCCCACAGUGUCAGCCGCAAAAUCAUCGAGUAAGCGCAGCAAGAACAAUGAGCUCAAUGACGAGACAAAACGUGUCAAAACCAUUGCGGGGCAGCAUAUGCAGUAUUUGGUGAUGGAGUACUGCAGGUGUAGCUUGGACGGCGACAUUGGCCCGGGAGUCAAAGAGAAGCUGCUGCCUGGCAUGUACACCAUACUGGAUGCGAUGAGUCGAGACCUGAUGCGGGCGAUGAACAGCGCCAUGGAUCCGAGUAGCAGGGCCAUCUUCAAGACGUUGUAUGAUGACUGGACAAGGUAUGGCAAAUGGGACAAGUCCUGA